AAAAUUUGUGUAACAUAUUCAAUAUAAGUAAAUAAAACACUUAUAACAUUUAAUUAAUCAUUAUAAAUAAUGAAGUUCAUUAAUACUAUGAGAUUAUUACAUAUUUGUAAACUAUCAUUAAUCAGAUUAAAUUAUUCAAAACACAACUUUAUUAUCCAUUGUUUUUCAACAACAUCUUAUCAGUUUUCAAGAAAUUUAUUAGACAAUCCUGGUAUAAGAUCAUACAUAGAUAAUUUGAUAUCAAAUGAGUAUUCAGAUUCAAUGACAAAGCCUAAGGUUUCAACUCUUGUAUCAAAAAUCAGAUCAUUGAAAGAUGAUUUGCUUUCAUUGCAAGAAUUAGACCUAGAUAAAGGACAAGACAGUGAUUUUUAUACGCAAGUAAACAAAGAAAGAGAUACCAUUUUUUUUAAAUUAAAUAAACUUGAACUUGAACUUUUAGGUGCCUUAGUACCAAAAGAUGAAAGCCUUAAUUGUUCUGAUGUUAUUCUAGAAAUAACAGCAGGAGUAGGUGGUCAAGAAGCAAUGAUUUUUACUCAAGAUUUAUUAGAAAUGUAUAGCUCUUUUACUCAUUAUAAAGGAUGGCAAAGUGAAAUGGCUGAUUAUUGUCCUACUGACCUUGGUGGUAUAAGACAUGUUUGCCUAAUGAUAUCAGGGAAUGAAUGCUACCGCUUAUUGCGUCAUGAAGGAGGUGUUCAUAGAGUUCAAAGAGUCCCUAAAACGGAAAAAUCUGGUAGAAUUCAUACAAGUACUGUAACAGUUGCUAUCUUACCGCAACCAACUGAAUUUGACGUAAUAAUAAAUGAUAAGGAUUUAAUAAUUGAGACAAAAAGAGCUUCUGGUGCAGGUGGACAACAUGUAAAUAAAACAGAUAGUGCUGUCAGAAUGCAUCAUAAACCAAGUGGUAUUAUUGUUGAGUGUCAAACUGAUAGGUCACAGAUAAAAAAUCGUAAAAUAGCUUUACAAAAACUUAGAGCAAAACUUUAUCAAAUGCAAUUAGAAGAACAAAUAUCUAGUACUAAAUUAGCUAGAAAGCUACAGGUUGGCUCAAGUGCUAGAUCAGAAAAAAUUAGAACAUAUAAUUUUAAUCAAGAUCGUAUAACUGAUCAUAGAUUGAGUAAAAGUAUUCAUAAUUUAGUUGGUUUUCUAGAAGUUUUGUGAACAACGAAAGUGAAAAUUCACUCACUGUCUUCAAAUAUAGCUUGUGCUUGAGACAACAUCCAUUGGAAAUUCGUUUGAGCAGCUACCAAAAACAUGCGUCCAAUCAACCAUCCAAUUAUACUCCGUAAAUGAUGUAUUGGCUAAAAAUUAUAAUUUGUUUCAUAUAAUCAAAUGUUCGAAAGAUAAAAUUCUAUAUUUUUCCAAAUAUCUUAAUAAUCAAUAGUUAAAUACUUUAGUGUAAAGUAUAAAAAAUAAAUUUAUUUUUUUUAAAUUUAGUACCAUUUUUAAAAAUGGUACAUUUUAUUUUUACUAUUUGAUAGUUUUGAGUUUUCUAAUAUUAUAACCCGGCGAUACAAUAAUACUUAGUCAACCAUCCUCUUUGAUAUAAAAUUGUAUUUAGAAAAUAUAUUUUUCCAUUAAACCAUCAAAUUUCAAGACGUACAUUGUCCUCAAAUUAAAGUGAGUCAUUAAUAAUAAAUUUUGAGGUAAAAGCGAUAUAGUUUUCUGUUACUUACAGUUAGCAAAAAAGAUGCGCUACUAGAGUCGUCUUCGUGUUCUCGUUUAAAACACACUCCUUGGUAAUCAAAAAUUCUAAUUUCUUUGAAAACUUUAUCCGCUACCAUCAUUUUCAUUAUGAUUCCGUUGA